AUGCGACUUUUCCAGAUCACUGCUGUCCUCAUGUUGGUUACAGCUGCCUCUGGGGCCUCUGAAGGCUUAGAUGUUGUGGAAGACUUCACUCCUCAGCUGGACUACAAAGACCCUCACUGGUGCCACACUCCGGGCCUGACCAAUGGGGAGGUGACUUGCCGCUCUCCUCGUGGACCAUCCUACCGCAGCACCCUGGGCACCCGCUGUGAUAUGAAGUGUGACCCGGGAUACAGACUCAUAGGGAGGGGCUCGGUUCAGUGCCUGGCCUCCCGUCGCUGGUCUGGAACUGCUAUUUGUCGCAAGAAGCGCUGCCAUGUUCUGCCCCUUGUUCAUCGAGGCCGCUACAGCUGCUCCCAGGGCUUCGUGGCGGACUCCAGGUGUGACUUCAGCUGUGAUUCUGGUUAUCGCUUCGAAGGGGAACAUUCUCGCACCUGUUUGAAGAGCGGCCUGUGGAGUGGGGUCCAGCCUGUCUGCUCAGACAUGGAUCCUCCAAAGAUCAAGUGCCCUCCAUCGAGACUUAAGUUUGCCCAGCCUGGUAAACUCACAGCUACAGUCAGCUGGGAUCACCCUGUGGCCUCAGAUACUGCUGAUAAAGUCCUGGAGGUUACUCUUGUGGGUCCAGAGCCAGGCUUUGAAUUUAAAGAAGGACCAACCAUAAUUCGAUACAAAGUGUUUGAUCAGGCCAAAAAUAGAGCUGCCUGCAAGUUCAUAGUCCGUAUUGAAGUGAGACGCUGUCCUGAGGUGACCCCACCUCUGCACGGCUACCUCACAUGUUCCUCUGAUAGAAAUAAUUUUGGCGCCGUUUGCGAGUCCCACUGUGACGGAGGCUUCGAGCGCCGAGGCCAGGCCAGUCGAGUGUGUCAGUUCAACCAAAGCUGGGAAGGAGAGGCCGCUCAGUGUGUCCCUUUAGACUUCAAAUCCUCUCACCUAAAAUCGGCCUCUUCUCUCCUGGACCAGUUCUACGAGAAGCGAAGGCUCCUGAUCAUCUCUACCCCAGACACGACGGACCCGGACUACCAGCAACAGAGCAUGAUGUUACAGACCUCAGACUGCGGCCUCGACCUGAGACACGUGACUGUGGUUGAACUGGUGGGUUCUCCGCCGAAAGAGACCGGACGCAUCAAUGAGGAGACUCUCACGGAUGAUGUCAUUCAAGGUUUAAGACAGACAUUCCGGAUCUCGAGGUCGUACUUCAGCAUGGUGCUGCUGGACGAGCUGGGCCUGGACCGGGAGCGCUUUAUUUCUGCAGUGUCGUCGGAUGAGCUUUUCUCCUACAUUGACGGCUUUGUGCUGGAGGAGGAGGAGCGGGAGAGACUGGAGCGCCACAGAGACCUCUGCCAAUAG